GGCCUCAUCUUUUUAAGUGGGAGAACUUGCACAAUUGGUGGCUGACUAAAUACUUUUUUGCCCCACUGUAUGGGUGCUAUGUGGUUAUGUUCGGUGUACUUUUAGCCUGUCUUAAAUAUUUACUUGACCAUCAAAGAAACGUAGGUGUUGUCAUUUCUAGUAACCUGUGACAACAGGUAAAGAGCGGUUUUGAUAUCAUUUUUUAAGCAGUAUUUACUGAAACAGAAGUCAACCGUACACCCCCAACCAAAUGUUUAAUUUGCCAGUAACAGAAGUUCAAACAGAAAACUCCAUCUGUUUUGUGAGAAUGGGUUACUUUUGCCGUUCAACCAGGUUUGUCAGGAAAAUAGCUGUUUUGUAUUACCCCCUCCGAGUCCAACACACGUCUGAACAGAGCUUAAAGGCCCAGUGCAGUCAAAAACACGAUUUUUCUGUGUGUUAUAUUUAUUUUUAUACUAUGAAGUUGCAAUAAUAUGUGAAAUUGUGAAUAUAAUGAUAAAUCCCUUUUAGUGUAAGAGCUGUUUGAAAAGACUGCCUGAAAUGUCAUGGUGGAAUGGAGUUUUGGCCUUCCAUGGUGACAUCACCAUGCGGCAAAUGAGUUAAUAGACCAAUAAGAAAGAUGGUUCCAACCCUCUCUGCUAAUAACAGCUCAUUUUCAGUUUCCCCCUCCCCACUCAGAACACUCCCUGACAGUCCUAGCAAAAUUCUUGCUUGAGAAAUUGCUUGCUAAGAAGCUGUUUUUGUUUGUUUUUAAAUUAAAAUGGUCAAAAAGAAUCACAGUAAGAUACUUAAUUCUUACACAGAAUUGAUUUGAUAUUGAGAUAAAAAUUGCUGCAUUUGACCUUUUUGAAAAACUUAUUCUGUAUUGGGAAAUGUAUGAACUAAUUUGGCCUACAUGCAUGCGUCAGGUAAUGAGGUUCAUGCCAUACCAUACUGGUAGUGAUAUGACAUAAAGAGAUGGCCUACAAUAUAUUUGUGAGUUGAGAUCUUCUGAGUAUUUCUAACAGGACCAUACGCUGCUGGAGUGGGGCCAUAACAUCAAGGAACCCUGUCUCCCCAUGCACCUUUUCAGCCCUCAGCGGGUGCCUGAAUGUCACCAUUUUACAGCGAGUUGGAUUUCAUUUUAAGUUUGGCUUUAUUCCCUCGUGUACGCACUUAUAAUAGCGCUUAAUGAGCGCUUUAACCAUUUCCACAUAUCAAGAAGAAAAGGAUGGUAGAGGUGCAAGGGGUGGAGUUACUUGGGGUCAAUAGCCAAUGGAAAGCACCCAAAUUAUGAGUGGUGUUGAGUACAGUAUUUAUGAACUAUAAAGUUGUCUUGCUGACACUGGACAGUGAAGAGAUACAAGUACAGGUAAGUAAUAAUAUGAUUUGCAGAUGAUGUACUUAAUAUAAUAUAUACUUUGAUUAUUAGGGUGGUCAAGAGGCCUGGCUAGGUUAAUUCAAUUCAUAUAUUUAUCAUUAUUGGGAAAGGUUGAUUGCGUACCUAUAACAGCCUUUUCUGGAGUGAAGUGGGAAAAUCUUUUAUAUUCCAGUUUAGGGUCCUGUGUAAUGUAAUUAAUCUGUUAUAAGAACAACGAUGAUUGAAGUGAUUCAUUGGGUAAAUUAAAAUCUCGUGAAGUCAUCUAGAUUAGCUAUUAUUUUAUGCAGGUAGUACAGGCUAAUGUUGACAGUUUCAAAUAUGAGAGAAACUGGAGCAUUGUGAAUUGUCAGUUUAUCUCUGAUCAUCCUGGCACAUGUAGCUGGUCUGCAUGCCAGUAUAACUCUACUGGGUGAGCAUGUUAGUGUGUUCUAUGAUCAAAACAGAAUUCAAGCUGUAUUUUACGCCAGUCAUGCUUCUUCCUGUGUGUUCUCCAGGGCGCAAAGAUGAUUGUUCAGGUUCUCCUGACGGGGACACUAUGCUGCCUACUGCCAGGUUUGCUGGAUGCUACACCUCUGAAGGCUAGAGCUGUAGGGGAGGUCAGCAUCGACUCUGCCCAGGCUCAUGGCUUCCUGUCUCAGUCACGCUCCAAACGGAACGUUGACCCGGAUCCCAAGUGGCACCGCGGCACGCCUGAUUUCCAGUCCUACUACAAAUUCUACAACAGCAUAGGCCAUAUUGAAGGACUGUAUGAGAUUGACAAGAUCAGGAUACUGUAUCAGCAGAUGCGUCACCUAGAGCAGGUCUAUGGCCCAGACGCAUCCAGCUACCAGAAUGCCCUGGGUGUGAUAACCCCUCCACCUACCACCGCAGCUCCUACCACUACCACAGUGCCUCUCUCCACUCAGCCCCCUCCUACUACACCAGCAACACUUUCUCUAACUGAGGCUGAUGUCCUGUAUCUGUGUAACCCUAAAGACCCCCUCUGUAAAGCUCACAUCGUUUACCUGCCCGCAGGGGCCAUCCCGGUCCUCUGUGACCCACGCUACAACCCUACCUGCAAACCCCAAAUCGGCAAGGUGGUCAUAGCCGCUGCCGGUACUGCGGAGCUAGCUCCUGCAGCACCUGUAGAGCCAGCUGUUGAAUCACCUCCCCCACCUCCACCCCCUCCUAAGAAGUCUCUCCCACCUCCUUCUCCCGUUGUCAUUAAAGGGAUGGAGUAUGACUGCGACCCUUACUGGGACCCUGACUGCCUGAUCGAUCACCCACCUCGCUCUGUCCAGGUGACUGAGCCACCACCACCCCCUACUCUCCCACCUGUUGUGGUGGCCCCUGUUGAGGAGGAGGAGGAGGAGGAAGAAGAAGAAGAAAUGGCCACAGAGGAGACAGUAGCACCUUCUGACCCUUAUGAUUGGGGACGUGACCUCUUUGACCCUUACCGCUAUUCUGACCCAGCACCUGACCCCCAGUAGACAGUUUUUUGUUUUGUUUAUCUAAGUACAAACAACACAUUAGUACUGCAAUACAACAGAAGGUAAUUUACCAAAUACUGUGAGCAACCAGUAGGACUGUGAGCAAAACCAUAACAAACACAAUUGUACACAAAAACAAUUUCCCCCCCAUGUAUGACAUUUCUCAGUUCCAUCAGAGAAUAUUGUUUUGAGUUGUAGAGACAACGGAUUUAUAAUAUAUUGUAUUCAACGUGUGUGUGUGUGUGUGUCUGUUAUCAAUUAAUCUUUUUUCUAACUGAGUGUCACGUCCCAUUUGAAAUUGUUUGUGGUACAAGGUCGACCUCCAGCGGUGAGAACUGAAACUGUAAAUUAAACGAUCUAUCUGGACAGUCUGUUUUAUAGAUUUAAAAUGUGUAGGACUAAUACAACUUUUUUUGUGUG